ACAACUGGCAUCGCUGGCUUCGAUAGCGUUACCGAUACGAAAGAAAACAUAUUGUGAAUAGUUCUGGCCUGCGGAAAGUCCAUUUUCUUCGUAUAGAAUACACAAAACAAUCUAUUUAUGCUAAUAUAUUUUCACAAUUUGUUGUCAACAAUGACUUACAUCGACAAGAAAAUUGAUGUCUAGAUGCGAAUACAUAGAAAAGUUCCCAUAUAUACUAUGAACGAAUGAUUGCUAAAUUAUCAAACAAAUCGGUCGACGAAAUAGAAGAAACGAACUACACCACCGACUUAUAGUUUCCAUUGGACCAUAGUUCGAGCAUUCACCAAAAAUUGAAACAAGUUAUCCGGGAAGCGGAUUGAAAAUGAGCGCUAAUACGAAAACGGAUACCAAAGGUUGUCUGUUUGCUCUGCUGUAUUCUGUGGGUUCCUUUGGAUUGGCAUGCGCAAGCCUGUGGGAUUUAAAGUCCGAUGACCGAAUCACAGUACAGAAAGGGGCGCUGCUUAUCACUCUGGGCUUCGUAUAUUUUAUAACCCUCACUGAGCUGCUAAAUAAGCUGAUCCUGCAGACAAGCCUUGGAUUGAAUUUAGUCAAGAGGUAUCGAUUAAGGAUUUCUGAUGUAUUGGACAUUUCCAACAAAAUCGUUUCAGCGGUCCAAGCAACAUUUUCCUGCGUAGCGGGAUUUUUCGUUUGCAGAUGGUCAUGUCCGCGAAAUUUUCUCCAAGCAUCGCAUUUCCUUUCCGAGUCGUACGCCUGGUUCGCAGCGUCCUAUUUUAUUUAUGAUAUCUGGUCUAUGUAUAAAGUGUACGCGGCUGAAACAUCUAACAGAAUUAUGGUUAAACUAGGACUUAGCAGCGAUGGCACUGCAAAAAGUGGAAAAGUAAGCAACGAUACAGUAGUGGAUUCAGCCAACGAGGACGCCCAAACACAACCUUUUUCCGACAUUCCAAGUAUUAGUAAUGGAACUCUGAGUUUUUUACUGCCAAGCAAAAAGGGAGUUCCUACUUUCGCACGGUAUAUAAUAAACCAUAAGCUGAUGGUUUUUCAUCACCUAUUUAUCGGUUCUUAUGGUUUAGCUGUAAUUGCGUUUCUUCGCGGUGGGCUAGGUGACUGUGUGUUCGGUUUUAUGUAUAUGAUGGAACUUUCCACGCCGUUUGUAUCAUUCCGUGGUAUUUUGAGCAUUAUGGGACUAAAGGAAAGUAGAGUUUAUGUAGCCAAUGGUUUGCUGAUGCUUUUCACCUUCUUCUGGUGUCGUGUGUUUUUGAUGCCUUACGUAUGCUACUAUUAUAGCCAAGUAGUUAAUUUACCGUUUUUCGAGGCGCUAUGGCGACUUCCACGAGGAUGUAAAAUAAGCAUUUUUGCAUUAUUCAUACCACAACUAUAUUGGUUCCGGUUGAUGGUUAGAGGAGCAAUCAAAGUUUUCUUCCGCAACAAAAAGACUACCAAGAUUGAUGCCACUUCAAAUGGUUCAACAAGUAAUACUACCGGCAUAAAACCGUCACAAUCCAAAGAUAGCGAAAUAAGAUCAUUGAUGUAAACAUUAUUUUGUGGAAGGAUAAAAGUUUUACUUGUUAUAUUCAUUCAUUUUUUACAAGCUGUUUAUUUUUCGUACAUCAUGUACAGCGAAACUAUAGCAUGGUCGACUUUUAGUGAAUCGAUCUAGCGUUGGAUCAUGAUAGAACAACAUGGAAUAGCUGGUAUGUGUGAGCUUGAUUAGUGUUUGAGGAUUUUCUCAAUUUACUAGUCAUAAAAUUAGGCACAUUUGUGCGCUGUUGAGAAUCUUCCACACUAGAAUGUAUGUUAAAGACAAGGCUAAUGGAACAUGCUCGGGCCUUCCCAUCAAAGGAUGUUUUUCUAGCAUAUUCAUCGUUAAAGUUCAAACUAAUGGACUAUUAUAGGAGUUUUACAUUUUUGUCGGUUUAAUUAGUGAUAAGAACAUAUUGGUUACCCGUGAUGUAGUAGAUUAUAACGAAAAAAACGAACUGAAAUAUUUCCAAUCUAAUCCCAUCAGAAAAAAUACGUUGCUUGUAGUUAUAAAAGUGAGAAACAAAGGAGAAAUUCGUUUCGGAACCUACAAUUUUCAAUCAACCACGUUUUGCUUUGUCGUUCCUUAAUUUCAGUUCGAAUCGUCGGUUGAAUGGAGCUCCUGUUCCCAGAUGGGAAUCCCUAACUAUAUGACAGAUGUUUGUAAACUGUUGUGUAGCAUGACUAAUAGUUGUGAAUCAAAGAUUCAUGCUCGUUAACUUUUAACUUUAUUUUCUUUCUUCAUUUUUAAUAGCUAUGCUCAGUCCCGGAAAACUAAAGAUUAGCUUGAAUUAUUUGGUAGAUUACUUAUUGACUUCAUCAACAGGAAACAGGAUAACGAAAUUAUGCCCUCAUAAACCCAUAAACGAUGUCAUUAGGAUGAACCUAGUUGAAUACGAAUGAUGAUCGACCUCUGAACGAAAAAAAAAUUAAAUAUAUUUUCAAUGUCUAUUGUCUUAUCGGCCAAAGUAUCGCACUUUUAGGGCAACAGUGGGGCACUAAAAAGUCACGUAUUUCCAAGACUAGCAACGUUGUAUUUUUUCAGUAUUAUUUCACUAUACAUGUAGAACACAUAAUUGAUUUGACUUAAAUUUAUCACUACUUUCCGAUUUCUGAUACUGAAAUAUUCCGAUAGCUACAGAAUCGCCCAAUGGAUGGAUGGGUUCAAAAUUAUUUUUCCGAACACAAGAACGACGAACGGUUUUUCAUGGAAACAGUAAAUUUAUCGUCAUAAAACUACAAAAAUGUAUACAGAUAUAAUCAAAAAGCACGUGACCGUUAAAUGUUAUUGAAAAAUAUAUUUGAACUAUUUUUGUUGCAAUAUACAUAUGUUCAGAAAAGCAUACAAUAAGGAGAAUGGAAAAGAUAACGUUUAUAAAAGGUUUGAGAAUGCCAUAAUACGGCAAUAAACAAUCUUUAAUGAAAAA